AUGGUGCAGAGGACAUACUGGGAUGGUACCAUGCCGUGGUCCCCAAUGCUCCUCUGCGCUCAGUACGCCAUCAAGAGAGGAUUCGUGAAGGGCGGGGCCCCGAACUGCAUGCAGGCUGGCAUGGAGAUCCUCGAGCGGGUGUUGGACGGAAGGGUGCCCUACUGCGUGAAGCCAGGGGCGGAUCCUUCCAAAGUGGAGCCAGCAGGCCCAGAGGACUUCUCUGAUGCAGACAGCGAUUGGCAGAUCGAUGACGCGGACUACGAGAGCGAACCAGAGGAGCAGCUUCCCGAUGAUGUCGGCCUCCUUGAGCUCUUUGGCGUUGAGCAGCGCGUCCCGGGCUCUGGCUCGCAGCGCUCGAAUAAGAAGAAGGAGGGGAGCGAAGCUGGAGAAGAAGCGUGCGGCGGCUGCCGAGGAGGAGAACGUCAAGGUAGAGCUGGCACGUGCGGAUGA